UUAUAAAUGACGCAAUUCAAAAUUGACAAGUGACAUUUUAAUAUUUUAUACUAUUAUGGAAUUCUUCGGACUCACCAGUUAUGGGUUCAGUAGCCCUAUUAAAGAUAUGCUUAGAGAGGACUACAGAGAACCGGAAAAGCCGGAUUCAAGUAAUUUGGAAGCAAACAGCAAGGACAAGCGAUCAUUUUCUGAAAAGAUUAAAGAAGUAGACUGUUAUUUGGGACCUGCCGAUGGGUAUGCGUACGGAUCCAAUGAUAGAUUGAUGAAAAUGAGAAAAAAGUAUAUAUUUAAACCUGUAGGUCCUUGUGAUAUAUACAGAUACCCAGGAGUAAACUCUAUGAAUCACGGAUGGUGGCAAUACGAUCAAGAUUUAGCUAAGUUGUCCAAAGAGGAUAAUUGGUUCGAACCUAGAAUUAGACAUUCCAUUACAACAUCGGAAAUGAGCAGGUUUACAAAUCAUUGCUUCUCAAUUGAUAAAUAUUUCCGAAUGUAGGAAAGCCAUUCUACUACACCAAUAAAACAAGAUUUUAUUUUACAUUUGCAACAUAAAUAAACGACAUUUUUAAUUUCGAUAUGUGUUGCAGUUUACGUCAUUUUUCUAGCAAUUUUAUUCUAUUUCUAUCUUUUUUUUAUUUUUUUGGUCCAGUGUAUUACAGGUUCCGAUUAAUCUUCAGUUAGUCAAGUUACUUCCUCUAGAAGAUGCGAGACCUUGUCGUUGGUGUGGAAGCUCCUAUAGUCAGGUGUUAGGGGGAAUGAAAAUUAAAAAGGUUGGCUAUAUUUCUUUGUUUACCAAUUUUGAAUCGUUGGAUGACUCUCAUUUUAUGAAAACAUUUUAAAUAUAAAUUCAUCUGAAG